CAGGAUAACCCAACUCUACCUUUUUUUCUUUUCAGCCUUAAAGCCAUCUGACAUCAGCAGCUUGAAAGUUCCAAUGAUACAGUCUGGUAUUUCAUCUUGCAUAUAAAAUCAGGGAUGGAGGAAGCAUGUCACUCAUCAAGUGAUGGGCAAACACUGCCAGAUUCCACUAGCUGUUUUAAGCCUGGAAAAUACAAGAUUGUACUGGUUGGUGAUGGUGGAACAGGAAAAUCUAGCUUUGUUGCUCGACUACAAAAUGAGGAUUUUCGGAAAGAAUACAUCGCUACAUUAGGAGUAGAGAAGCACGAAAUCGCAGUUAACACCUCCCAUGGCCCAAGUACGGUAGUCAUAUGGGACACAGCUGGCCAAGAAAAGUUAGGUCCUUUAAGAGAUGCAUAUUAUUCUGGUGCUGAUGCAGCUGUCAUUUUCUUUGAUGUAACUUCCAAAAUAACAUACAAAAAUGUACCAAAUUGGCAUAAAGAUAUUCUUAGAGUGCGACCAGAUAUUCCCGUUGUCCUUUGUGCUAACAAAAUUGACGUUAAGGAAAGGAAAGUAAAAGGCAAAAGCAUCACAUACCCUUCUAAACAUAAAAUUGGCUACUUUGAAAUAAGUGUCUUGAAGAGGAUUUGUUUGAAGAAGCCUCUAGAGUAUCUGAUGCAGCAGUUGACAAAAGAACCAGAGCUCUCUAUCACUAAUUCAAUUGAUGCUGACAUAUUUGGUGGUGUAACAGGUAUAUGUCUGGAUAAUUAGAUACUGCAAUUUCUAGAGAUUCCCACACUUAUUUUUGUUAUGUGAUGUUGGACUGUAUAGUGUACUGGUAAUUCAGCAAAAGUAAUUUGCUUCAUUGGAAAAUUUGUGUUAUAUGGACUUAUUUUGAAGUGCAGCAGACCCUUGAUUUAAUGGACUACAGUUUAACACACUUGAGAAAUACUGGACAGAAUUUGCUGGAUUAAUUGAUUAUGAAACAAAGUCCAUUGGUUGCAGAAAUGAACUCUGUUAAGAUUUUAGUAAAAAAAUAUCUGUCCAACCACAUUUGCCAUUAUGUGCUCCCCGUCUUUUCUGUUAAUCUGUUAAAUCGAAGGUUUAUUAUAAAACAUUUUUUGGGAAUAAAGCAAUAAUAAUUUAUAAAAGACAGACUACUGUAAUAGUCAUAUAGUAUACUGUAAAUAAAAAUUUUGCUUGUAUUUUUUCAAUAAUUAUCAUUCAGUUUUGCUCUCUCCUCCCUCCUCUCUUCAUAAUGUUUUUAUUAAGUGACCUUUCAAAUUUCUUUACACAGAUUAUAAUUUACUUGGGGCUCGUUUUCACUAUUGCCCAUCUCAGUCGUGACGCAAUCCCUCAAUGCCUUAUUUUAUUGUACACUGAGAUUUAGCAAAAAGUAAUUUUUAUUAUUUUUAAUUAGUGUUUCUGUAGUACAGUAUAUUUUAUUAAAAUUGCUAUUUAACUGCGGUAGUUGAAUAUGUUGGUUUUAAGCUUCAGCCCUUGGGUCUGUCUUAGUUUUGUUGGCUUCCUUAACCCCUCAAGGAUGUAGGCCUUCAUGCCAGUAAGGGGGCUGUUGGUCCAAGGAAUUGGUCCUAUUCUCCCUGUCCUUGGAUUGAAUAUGAUUGCCUUCAAUAUCCUUAGGUGCUGUAUGACCCUAUAGAUUUAAUGCUCCCCUAUGAACAUAUAACAGUGACCUGACAUGGAUGGCAUAUAAUUUAUUCAAAGCAAAAUCUCGUAAGUAACUCAACAUAAGAUGUAAAACAUAAGGAUGUGUUCCAAGACUUUGCCAAUUCUACAUUUCUUGAUUUGUGUUUACCAAAAAUAUGAAAGCCUACCACACAUACAUAGUAAAAGAUUCAUUUGCCUCCCAGAGAGAAAAAAGAAAAAUCCCAAAAAUUCAUAAUUCUCUUUCCUUCUAUCCUCCUUUCUCCAACCACCCAAUCUGUGAUAACCUGGGUUGAUGUGCACAUGUUAUGAACCUGUGAAUACAUAUUCCCCUUCUCUUUCCUUCUCUUCUCCACUCCUAGCCCUUGCCUGGUGUUGGCACAGCUCAGUUUCCUCUGUCUUGGUGCUCACUUCCUUUUGAAUUUGCAGAAGAAUCUUGAAUUGAAACCCAGUCAUAGGAUUUUCAAAAUAUGCAUACUGUAUUUCCCAUACCUAAAUCUGUUUUCUCAUAUUUCUUAUUUGUAAAUGUACAUUUAAACCAGUUCAAAUUAUAUUUAAAGAGAGAUGGUUAAAAAAAUCAAGUGGUGUUGGAACUGGAAGACUGCAUCAGAACAAAUUUAGUUCACAUACAGUGAAUUAAUGACAGAAGUGGUUCACUGUAUAAAGGUGAAUACACACAAAAUGAGACAACAUAGAGCGAGAGAAACCUGUGCCGUAUUGUGUAUGUUAUUACAUCUAUUUUUCUCAAUUCUAUUAUAGUGAGUUCCAGUCCCCUUAUAACAUUUUUCUUCUAUUUCAUUAUGAAUCAUGUUGCAAACAUUGUGGGGAAUGUAUUAAAGAAUUGGAAGAACUUUUGUUAGGUCAGUUGUGUGAUAGUUAACCAUGGUCCUGUAAUAUAUCAUGUCAUGUAUUAGUGUGUAUAGAAUAAUAAUACAUGUGUACAUUAUUAAUCUGUUUGAUUUCUAAAUAUUAAAUUAUUGAAUCCAA